AGUUAGCAGUGGCCAGUGCUAUUGAGAAGGCAAUGCAAAUUUCUCCAGGAUUUACAGACAAUGUUUGCAUGGUAAACAAUAUGGUUCAAAGCAGUAAUGGUAAUCAGAGGGAUCCUGAACAUGUGAUUUCAUUAGACCCAGAGCACCAGGAACAGCUAAGACGAGAUUUAAUUAUUAGAGACUCAUUGAAUAAAAGGCAGAAACAAUUGUAUCAGAAUGUUAACCAAAUGACACCAACAAUCUGGCAUGAAGAUCAUGAAUUAGAUAUUGCAGAAGUAUUCUCUGAACUCAUCUUAAUGCAGUCUCAAAAAGAAGACAAAAAAUCAAAAGCCAAGUCAACAUCAGUACAAAAGGAAGGUAGUCCCACAUCUUUAACAGAGGUAUUAGGUGUUAUUAAAUCAAGAGAAUCUUGUAAGGUAUUAAUAACAGGCAAAGGAGGAAUGGGUAAGACUACACUCAUCAGAUAUAUUGCUCAUCAGUGGGCUACUGAUGUUGUAGAUAAUGCCUUCGCUAAUAAAUUAUUGUUUCUGAUAAAUAUUAGAGACCUAAAAACAGGUGAAAAGUUUUUAGACAUAAUUAUGAAGGAAAUUGAUUUGCAAACAUUAAUAUCAAAGAACAAAUUGCCACCCAAUUCUGUUGAAGACUUUCUGGUCACCCAUGCUGAUGAAAUAGUGAUUUUGUUAGAUGGAUAUGAUGAGUUAGAAAAGGGUGCUAAAGAUCCAAUAGAUCUAUUCAAAGGAACUGAAUUGGGUGAAUGCACUGUGUUGAUGUCUUCCCGACCUGACAACAUAGGUAACUUUUUUAAAUGGUGUGAUAUACAUAUUAAAGUAAUGGGAUUCAAUCCAAGAAACAUAAAGAAAUAUAUACAUAAGCAUUUUGUUUCAAUUGGAAAAGCUGAAAUUGGUGACUCACUAAUUAGGGAGUUUGGACUUGAUAAUGAUUAUUAUAAUGGUGGUAUUGGUAGUGUUAAAUAUGUAAGUCAAAUUUAUUUUUCACAGUAUAAUUAUGAUGGUGAUUAUGAUGAUUAUUAUUAUCUUUAUGGGGAUGAGGAUCUAUCGUUUAGUGGUACUCACAAAGAAGCAUUGGAAUUAUGCUCAUCUCCACUAUUAUUGCUUAAUAUUUGUACCAUAUGGGAAAAUAAGAAAUGUCUUCCUACAAAUUUGUCAGAUCUUUUCAAGGAAUUAUUUUGUUCCAAUUUAAAUCAAUAUCAAAACAGAGGAGGCAGUGGAACUUCCAUUUCCCAGUUUGAGAGAAUUCCUGAGAAAUACAGGCAUGCCAUUCAAAUAUUAGGAGAAAUUGUAUAUGAAGGUCUAAAGAAAAAUAAACUGUCCAUUGACAAAUAUUUUUUGUUAAACAAAGCAAAUGAUAAACAUUUGGUACAUUUAGCUCUCAAACUUGGAUUUGUUUAUAAAGAUAGCCCUGUUCAACCAGGUGAUGUAAGAGAGAUUUACACUACCCCACAUAAAUUAAUUUCAGAGUCACUAGCAGGAUUUUACCUGUUUGAACAAAUCCAAAAAGGGAGCUUGAAAGCUGAAGAAUAUGAGGUGAUAAGAUGUAAUAAGUAUUUACAAAUGACAAGAGUAUUUACAAUAGGAUUCCUUGGUGCAGAUGCGUGUCUAUUGUUUAAACGUUGGUUGAUAAUCAGGGCCUCAAAUUUUUACUCUAUAGCGCAAUGUUUCUCACAUGUAAAGAAGGAUCAUGAAGAGCAUGUACUACAGGAAUUGGAUGAACACAUGUCCAAUGAAAUGAAAGCAUGCUGUGAACAAAUGUGCCAGUCUGUUAGAAGUGUGCUUGAUUAUAAAGACACAUCAAAUGUGCAUUUAUUUAGACUUAUGAAAAAAUAUAAAUACCUUAGAUACUAUGAUGUAAAGAAAGCAUUUCCAGUGAUAAAUACAUCCAAUGAAGAAUCUUUACGAAAUUCUUGCAGAAAUAUUGUACACAACACAGUUGUACUACCAAGGGUAUAUAAAACCAAAGAUUUUUUCAGAUAUAUUUCAAAAUGGGAGGAUAAAGAAAUCAAUAUUCUAUCAGCUGAGAUGAAAAACCUAAAUUUAACAUAUAAUCACACUUCUAUCGACUUAGACUUUAAUUGUAGUUCAUCAUUUUUGAUUCAUUUCCUAAAACAUGCAAAUAGCCUAUCUGAAUUGCAUAUUAAAGAUUGGUGUACAGCAUCUGAAUUCAGUUUGGUUAUCAAUGAGUUAAACAAGGCUGAUGUAAAGUUAAAAUUAAUACAUCUGCAUAUACAAGGUAUUGACUUGGCUUUAGUCAGUAGAACAACAUUAGGUCACCUUUUUAAGGUCUCUCCACACCUGAUACAUAUUAACAUGAGAUAUUGUAAUUUAUCAGGUAGUAGUAUUAAUGAAAUGAUGGAGGAAUGUUGUAGGAUGAAUGUAGUAUUGAAAGACAACAUGCUUAGAUUGAUGGGCAAUGACCUUUCAGAUAUUGAUAGUAAAUCACUUGCUGAGUUAAUUAGGGUGAUUGGUGAGCCUUAUCACCCCUUAGAUAAUUACUUACAAGGGCAUACCAAGCCUCAUAUUAUCUUACAAUGGAGUGAUUAUUCACUUACAUCUGAUCAUCUUGAAAAGCUGGUUGAAUCAAUAGGUGAGAAUGAGACAUUGAAUUUGACAAGGAUAGACAUGAGUAAGAUUAACCUAUCUUCAAUCAGAGGUAGAACAUUAGCUCAACUUGUUAAAGUCUCUCCAUACCUGAUACAUAUUGCCAUGAGUGAAUGUAAUUUAUCAG